GCGCCUCGUCCCUGACUAAGCAUGCAGGGCGCAGGCGCAGGCGCAGGAGCGGAAGGCCGGCCUAGUCCCUGGACGCCUUUUGAGAGAGAACCUCGGGGCGCAGGCGCCGCCGGAACCGGAAGUUCAUUUUUCUGCCCGAUCUUGAGGCGGCUUCGCCAGCAAUCACAAUGGUGGUCAGCCUCGGUUUCUUUCACCCCACUGGGGGCGAGGGCGGAAAUACGUAAGCCCCACGCAGCCCGCACGCGCCGGCGGCUUGGCGUCACUUCCGGGCGGGGGCCUGUCGUGUCGCGCCGGUGACAGUCGCUGCCUGAAGCCGGCGGUGACUGAGCCGGGGGCCGGGCCGGGCGCAGGCCGAAGGCAGGCGUCCAGGGCCAAGGCCGGGUCCGAGUCCAGCCUGAGGGAGGACCGGAGCCGGGGCAUGGACGCGGCCAAGAUGGACGAGAAUGAAUGGACGUACCAUGGGGAAGGCAACAAGAGCCUGGUCGUGGCGCACGCGCAGCGCUGUGUGGUGCUACGGUUUCUGAAGUUCCCGCCAAACAGGAAUAAGACGUCUGAGGAAAUCUUCCGCCAUCUGCAGAACAUAGUGGACUUUGGCAAGAACGUCAUGAUGGAGUUUUUUGGGGAGAACUACGUGCACCAUGGGGAGGUCGUUCAGCUCCCCCUGGAUUUCGUGAAGCAGCUCUGUUCAAAGAUCCAGGCAGAGAGACCAGAGUCUCGCUGCGACAAGGACCUGGACACUCUCAGCGGCUACGCCAUGUGCCUUCCCAACCUCACCAGGCUGCACACCAGCCAUUUUGCAGAACACCGGCCCAUCCUCUGUGUGGAGAUUAAGCCAAAAUGUGGAUUCAUUCCCUUCUCCAGGCACGUGACCCAGGAGAUGAAGCACAAGGUGUGUCGCUACUGCAUGCAUCAGCACCUGAAGGUGGCGACGGGCAAAUGGAAGCAGAUCAGCAAAUACUGUCCCUUGGACCUCUUCUCAGGAAAUAAACAGAGAAUGCACUUUGCCUUGACAAGUCUGUUACAGGAAGCACAGAACAACCUGAAGAUAUUCAAGAAUGGCGAGCUGAUAUACGGCUGCAGGGACCAGCGGGAUUCGGCGGCGGACUGGAACGAGCUGGCCUGCCACCUGAAGCCCUUCUUCUACCCCUCCAACGGGCUGGUGGGCGGCCCGCACUGCACCCGGACCAUCAUCAAGGAGCUCAUCCAAGUGAUCACGCUGACCCUGCUCAGCAGCACCGACAAGUGCCGGGCCGGGGACCUGAAGGUGGUCCCCUCCUCGCAGGGGAGGAGCUGCUGCGAGGCCAGUCCCUUCAGCAGGGAGCUGCUCAGAAACGGUAAGAGCCACGCGGAGGGAUCAGGGCUGCCCAGGGGCUGCCUGCUGUACAAAACACUGCAGGCCCAGAUGCUGGACCUCCUGGACAUCGAGGGCCUCUACCCGCUCUACCGCCGCAUCGAGAGGCACCUGCAGGAGUUCCCUGAGGAGAGGGAUCUCCUGCAGAUAGACGGGCCUUACGACGAAGCCUUUUACCAGAAGCUCCGGGACUUGUCCACCGAGGAUGACGGGACCCUGGCCUACGCCCUCACCAAGGUCCAGCAGUACCGCGUGGCCAUGACCGCCAAGGACUGCUCCAUCAUGAUCGCGCUGACGCCCUGUCUGCAGGACGAGUGCCCGGAGCAGCGCCCGCUCAUCCCGUCGUCGCGGGCCCGCUUCGCCUUCUCCGUCUCCGUCCUGGACCUGGACCUGAAGCCCUACGAGAGCAUCCCCCACCAGCACAAGCUCGACGGCAAGAUCGUGGGCUACUACGUGAAGAACGCGCAGCCCCCCAAGGAGCCGGCCCAGGGGGGGCCCGAGGACUGUACCCUGCUGCUGCACAGCGUGUAGGCGCCCGCCGCCACCCCAGAAGUGCUCUUGUCCGGGCCCCUGGGCCGAGGCGGGGCCACUCCCCACCUGCUGCUAUGGAACUCGGGCCAGGGUGAGGGGCCGCUGGGAAGCCCCCGCCCCGCCCGCUGCAUUCAUCUUCUCGAGGGUUUCUUUCCCAGACCAAGCUUCUUUGCUAAUUUGACGCGGCCUUAAGGCCCCGGCUUGCCUGAGGGCGACGGGGAUGGGGGCCCCGGGGGCACUGGCCCACGUGUGGCCCCCUCCCCUCCCCCCCGGCCCCUGCCACGCACACCACUUGUGAGCUCCCAAACCUGCACGUGCUCAGCUCAGGGUGAACGGGGUCCGGUCCUGCUGGCAGCCCCUCCUCCUGCCGCCCGGACCCCACGCCCGAGGAUGUGAAUCCAGUGAUCCCUGUGCGGCCCAGCCAUUCUCCCACGCGGGCGGCCACCCUCGGGAGAGCAGGGCCAGGGGCCGCGAGCUCUGUCGUUCGGAGGCGGCCGGCCCCCGCUCAGUCCUGGCUCCCUCGGCUUUUGCACGGAGGCUGGGCGACGCUUCGCUCUGGCAGAUGGAGGCCGAGCCCCCGCCCCCCCGCGGGUGUCCAGAGAGCCGCUGCCUCCGGCUGGGAGCUGGGCAUCCUCGGCCCCCCAGCCACCCCCUGAGCCCCCCCAGGACCCUUGCCGGGCUUUCCCCGGGCCCACGGUCACCGCAGCGCCUUGAGGUGGUGACGCUCUAGGGCCCCCACGUGCCCCCGACCCCUCGUGGGGCGCCCCGCACCCCCUCUGCACUCUGAGAAGCGCAGGGCCGGGCCCAGGGGAGGCCCCGACAGCGCGCCAGCGCCCGGCGCGUCUUAUUUAAACGGCUCUAUUUAUUUUUCCCGUCACGAGCAGUUGUCUCACGUGCCAUACUUGUACAGAGCAUGGAGGAGGGUUCGGUUCACUAAGGGAGAGUCGCAAACGUUUAUUUUCACUGCGGGCCGCCCCGGGCGGCUCGGAAUUAAAGCGUUUUUGGGCA